AUGCAAUUCUCCCUCCUCAUCCUCAUUCUCACCUAUACCGGCAUACUUAUUUCCAAGAUAGUGCACUACGAUGCGUUCAAAAAAGCCCUCCGCAAAGACGGCCUCGCCUCACUUACACAAAUCCAACGAAUUCGAGAUGUCGCCACAGCGAAACUCUUCAUCACACACUCCGACGGCUUCAUCGCCUUCGAAGACACCACUUGUGUGCCCUCCCUUGUCCUCGCCGCUCAAGGCAAAAUCCUCGAGCUCGGCCCUGGACCAGGAAAUCAGAUCCAGCGCUACGACCCAGCCCUCGUAGACUUCAUAUACGCCGUUGACCCCAAUCCCUACUACGGAGACCACAUCGCCGCAAAGCUCAAGAGACUUGAUCUCCAGGAUAAGUACAAGCUCCUAGCGUGUGGCAUUGAAGACAGCGACGUUUUGAGAAAGGAGGGGGUUGUAGAGGGGAGUAUGGAUACUGUACUGAGUAUCCAGGUCUUGUGCUCGGUGAAGGAUGUCAAGAGUGUGAUGAGGGAGGUGUGGAAGUUGUUGAGGCCGGGAUGCAGCUUUGUGUUUUGGGAGCACGAGAGGAAUAAGGAUGCUGCUAUGGCUGUGGCCCAAACUUGUUUGAAUCCUGCUUGGAGUGCGUUCGUCGGGUGCUCUAUGAAUCGGGAGAUCAAGGCGGAAAUCCUUGCUGCUGGGGAAUGGGAGAACCCCGAUGGUAUUGAGGUGGCCGAUGAUCUAAAUACCUGCUUGCCUAGGAUCUGGGGCGUGCUCAAAAAGAAGGCUUGA